AUGCCUGUGGCCGGUGACCCAGUGCAGUGUGCAGCUCUCUCACCUCGCUGGCUGCGGGGAGCCCAGCGCUUCCCAACCCCUCCCCUGACCCUUUACCCUCCUGCGGUGCUGGUGCCAGGCGGUGACACGGGGUCAGAGCUGCACGGAGCAAGAGCCAGAGAGAGGAGCCCGCCGGAGUCUGAUGGAAGCCCACGCAUGCCAGGGAGCGAUGGCGGGGGCGGGCAGCAGCAGAGCCCUCGAGGCCUCUCUGCAGCUCAGCUGAGGGGUGAAACAAGCAGCUCCAACUGCACAGAGCAGCGUUUCAGGAAACACGACACUCCGUUUAGUCAGGGAGAUUUGAUAGUAUCAGAUAAUGUUACAAAACCCUCGAUCAAGAGGAACUCCCCAGCCACAGAGCAGUGCUCCUGCAAGGGGCUGACCCUCCCAAAAACACCAACACAACUGAAGCACAGCGAUGGGGUGAAGUCUCCAACACCGCCCCCCACAUCCCAGCCCGACGGGCUCUGGAGCUGCUUGCGCUGGAGCAGCUCUUGCUGCGAGCUCAGCGCCCGGGGCCGGGGCUUGAGAAACAAGCUCUGGGUGUUUCCCUCAUGCUUGAAGCCUUUGCUCCGCAGCGCUGCGGUGACACCACCACCCCCCCUCCGCCUGCCCCUGCGCUCCGGGCCCAGGUCCCCCUCGCCGGGGGGUCGAGGGCAGCCGCCACAAGCAGAGAGGAGGCGGCUGCGGCGCGGGGACGGACCCGGCUCCGACUGGCGGCCGCGCGCCCGCGGGUGGGCGGUGCUUCCUGGCCCUGAGCGCGGCGGCCGCGGGGUGCUGUUCUCCGUGCCGCCGCUGGCGAAGAUGGCAGCGCCGGGAGACGCGGACGGGGCGGCCGCGGGUUCGAGGCCGGGUUCGGGGCGGCCGCCGGCCGGGGACCUGCGGAGCGCGCUCAUCACCAGCGUGCUGAGCCUGGAGCGCCUGGAGCUCGACCUCUUCAGGGGCCGGCACCACUGGGUGCCCGCCACGCAGCGCCUCUUCGGCGGGCAGAUCGUGGGGCAGGCCCUGGUGGCGGCCGCGCGCUCAGUCAGCCGCGACGAGCAGGUGCACUCGCUGCACUGCUACUUCGUGCGGGCAGGGGACCCCAGUGUGCCGGUGCUGUACGAGGUGGAGCGGACCCGCACCGGGAAGAGCUUCUCUGUUCGUUCCGUGAAGGCCAUCCAGCACGGAAAGCCCAUCUUCACCUGCCAGGCCUCCUUCCAGCUCUCCCAGGGGAGCCCGGUGCAGCAUCAGUUCACCAUGCCUUCUGUGCCCCCUCCCGAGGACCUGCUGACGCAAGAGGAGCUCAUCCAGAAGUUCCUGCGGAAUCCUAACUUGGCAGACAGAUACAGAAAGCACCUCACCAAGAUUCAAGCCGAAGAUGUGCCGAUUGAUAUCAAACCCGUGAACCCGCCAGACACGUUCUGCUUGGAGCCGCAGGAGCCAAAGCAGUUCUUCUGGGUGCGAGCACGAGGCUACAUAGGAGAGACUGACAUGAAGGUGCACUGCUGCGUGGCUGCCUACAUCUCCGACUACGCCUUCCUGGGCACGGCCCUGCUACCGCACCGGCAGUACCACAUCAAGCUCAUGGUGUCCCUUGACCAUUCCAUGUGGUUCCAUGCACCCUUCCGAGCGGACCACUGGAUGCUGUACGAGUGUGAGAGCCCCUGGGCUGGUGGGUGCCGGGGCCUGGUGCAGGGCCGGCUGUGGCGCAGGGAUGGGGUCCUGGCUGUCACCUGCGCGCAGGAGGGAGUCAUCAGGGUGCAGGAAAUGCCAAACCAGAGCAAGCUGUAGCCGAUGAGCCCCACAGGGAGGGGCUUGGGCACACUGAGAGGGAGACCCCGGGACCAAAACUGAUGCGGCAGAGCAGGACCCAGGCGGCAGGAAGGAGCUUUGAAGCAUGGGCUGGAUCCAGCACUGUGGGAGUGCUGGUGCCUGAGGCCCGCCGUGAUGGAUGGGGACCCACAGACGUCUGCUGUCACCAACAGCACAGCACAGAACCGCACUACAUGAUCAGCACCUUUCACCUGCAAUAAAGCAAGCUGUUGGUGAAGAGCUCA